AUGUCGAAGAUGGCGAACGAAAUGCUGUUGGAUAUUGAUGGUAUGGACUUUGUCGAAGAUGAGGACAUGGGCGCAGAAGGAGAACUGCAGUUCUCCUUUGAUCCGGUAAGUAACGCGCCAAUGGUGUCGUUUCCAUCCACGCAGCAGCCCGAUCUGGAGAAAUUGCGCUUUAAGUUUGCACCAGUGCUGUCUCGUAGCUUUGCUUUCAACGGCGGGUCACGAACCGGGACCCUGUAUGGUGUGCAAGUACCAUACGUGGACAACUCGAAGGAAUUUUCACAAUAUGCGGCAAAACUAUUUGAGGUUUACAAGAGUCUCGGUGCAGAUAAGCAGUUUGCUGUACCCACAAUUGGGCUGAUCAACCACACCUCCACUUUGGAGCAUAAUCAGACGGUCAACUUGGCAUUGGAGGCCAUCGUGUCGGAAUUGGAACUUUUUAUUGAAUCGCUCAAGUACAGCGGCCGGCAGCAAAGGUUGGUAGACCUCGAAGAGUGUCUAAGCAUUCUGAACUGUUUAAAGACGGUGCAAUUCACAUUGGAUUCAGAAGAGGAGAAUUCGAGAGCUAAGUUUAUCGAUUCGCUUAUAAGCUGGGUAAAUCGCACGGAUGGUGAGCCUAGCGAGGCAGUGAUUGCGAAGGUGCUUGGCGACGGCAAGCAAACGCCAAUUUUAGAGAACCCUUAUUUUUGGCGUCUGCUAUGCCAAUUGAUCAUUCGUGGACUUUUCGAUCAGGCGGUAGCUGCUAUUGAGAAAUCCGAACUUUUGUCAUACCUGGCAGACAAAUGCUCGGCCACACACACCAUGGUACAGGACAUGGUAAAUUUAUUACAAGGCUAUCCGCGAGAAUUGGAGCCAGUAUAUCGUGAGUGGAAAGAUCUAGUUCUUCAGCUACAUUUAAAUUGGAGCCAAUCCGAGCAUAAGAUAUCAAUUGAGCUUGCCUCAUCACUUGAAGAUUGUCUCCUAAUCAUGUGUGGUAAUAAGUCGAAGAUAAUUUACUAUUCGAAGACUUGGUACGAAUGCUACUGUGGCCUCAUGUUAUAUUAUAUUCCAUCACUGCAACUUUCAGAGGAAUACCUACAGUUGGUAUUAAAAGAACAUCCCCUGGAUGUCACCAGUCCAUGGGAACAAGCAUGUGUGUCCAUAAUUACAGGAAAGAUCUACUCUAUUCUUCCAGUUCUCGAUUCGCUGGAUAGCUGUACCGCAGCUUUCACUGCGGCAAUCUGCGAAGCAAAAGGCCUCCUUGAGAAUGAUUUAUUAGAUGAUGGCGGGCUGGAAGUCAGCAAUACCGGAGAUGAGAUGUUUGGUCUUGGUAAUACUAUGGCCAGUUACCUGUUGAACCAAUUCGCCUUAAGUAUCGUGACCUAUGAGGAUAAGAACCUGUGGGCAGUCGCCAUAGGGAUCAUAUAUUUGACGCCUAACUACAGCGAUGCAGCAAAGCGCAUGAUGAUUGCGGAGUUGCUACCUCAUUAUCCUUUUCAGACAAAUGAUGAUAUCGAAUGGAUGUUGACAAUAUGCGCGAAGUGGAAGUUACCGCAGAUUGCAAGGACUAUCUACCGGGUUCUGGGUCAGGAGGCUUUGUAUUUGAACAACAUCAUCGAAGCGAUUUCUAACUUCAGUAAGGCUGGUGAAUUUGAAUGGGUUAAACACUAUUCUUGGAUGAUAUUCGAGGCAUCUAUUCUGCAAGGUGCACCUUUGGAGGAUGAAGUGGUGAACUCAAUUGUUACAGGCGAAUACGAAUCCGCAAUACCAAAAGAGCUUGUAGAGGUAAUGGUCACCCCUGCUAUGAAACAGUCACUUUCACCUUACGCUGUACUCUUCAAUUUUUUCCGGGCCACUGAAGACGGCAGGUGGGCUGAAGCGCUGGAGCUACUGCUAUCACUGAUAGAAUUCACUUAUUUACCUCCUCAGUAUCUGAUACUACUAAUUGGGCGCUUUCUAUACCCUCUAUUCUUGCAGGAUGAAAGCAAGAUGUUCAAAGAACAGGAUGUCCUUCGGGUUAUAAAGGCACUAGAACAGUUCCAUGACCGUCCCGAUGAAAUAACGACUGCCAUGUACAAAGAACUUCUUGUAAAGGUCGACACACUACCAAAAGACCCUCUAAAUCUCAUAAACGCGAUCAGGACAAAGCUUAGUCUCAAGCUCUGUCACCAAUUUAUGUGA